UGUAUGCGCGGAAACAAAACUGUAGCGUUCCCGCCUGCAGCCGUAUGUUUCGUUUCCGUGAAAUCGAAAGUAAAUAGUAAUUGAUUUACAAUGGCUAUAUUGGUCCAGAGCUUGAACGGUUGGGUUUUGCGCCCGCACUCGCCAACUGAAGAGGUUUACUCUCGCUGCAUCCGUUGGAGACGACGAGGUGACACACCUGAAGAAGUUAAAUGUUGUUUCAAAAAGCAAUAUUUCCAGAUUUCCCAAAGCCAUUACACUGUUAAAGUGAACGGGGAUGAUACGAUACAGAAGACUGGUAAAGCUGCGAAGAAAAGGAAGCGGAAACACACUGAACUCAACCAGGGAGAGAUAGAUGCUGCUGCCUUUCAUGAGAAGAUCCGAUGUGUGGUUCUGACAGGGACUCAGUCCUUACUGGACUUGGCCAGAGCCCUGGGUCACCUCAGUCGAACAGCAAAUGCUGCAAGUGAAAGACUUGAGUUUCCAGACUGUGGUCUGGCAGGUCUGUGCGACAUGGCCAAAGAGCUUCCCCUGGUGGACGAGGAGGACCCUGUCUGCUCUCAGCCGCUGGUGACUGAAGCGGGGGACACGUCCCAUCUGGACCUGUUUUCCCGGGUGACAGAGAACAAGAUGGACCGAGGCGUGUUGGUGUCACUGUUGGGAGAGGAGUACGUCAUCCCACCACACGCCUCCUUUCUGCUGUCUGAUUUGACAAGGAUCCAGCCCCUUGUUAAGGAUGGAAAGACAUUUGACUUGAUGGUUCUUGAUCCACCCUGGGAAAAUAAGUCUGUCAAGAGGAGCCGCAGAUACAGCUGUUUGCCCUCCUCACAGCUGAAGCAGCUACCCGUCCCUCUGCUGGCGUCCCCUGACUGCCUGGUGGUCACUUGGGUCACGAACCGGCCGAGCCACUUGCGCUUCGUUUGCGAGGAGCUGUACCCUCACUGGGGAGUGGAGGUGCUGGCGGAGUGGUACUGGGUGAAGGUCACGACAGCAGGAGAGUUUGUGUUCCCGCUGGACUCGCCGCACAAGAAGCCCUACGAGGUUCUGGUUCUAGGUCGAUGCCGUUCCUCUGUGAGCAACACCACAAGGUCUGAAGUGGAGAGUGGGCGUUUGAUCGUCAGUGUGCCAUCCACUCUGCACUCGCAGAAGCCUUCACUGUCAGAUGUUUUGAAACCAUACGUCCCAGCUGGUGCCAGUUGUUUGGAGCUGUUUGCCCGCAGCCUCCAGCCCGGGUGGACCAGCUGGGGCAACGAGGUGCUGAAGUUUCAGCAUGUGAGCUACUUCACUCAGUCUGCCCCAGAAGAUGAAGGAUCGGGAGCAGCAGGGUGCGACCCAGUGGGCAAGCCCUGCUGACACACAACAGCUCCGGAUUCAAUAACUGCAUGGACCAUGUCGCCAAUCUGUACCAC